AUUGUUUGCCUCCAAAGCCGUUGGACGAGUAAAAGUCCGCCAUUUAUAAAUUGUUUCUUCAGCUCAUUAUUUUUUCUUCGUUUCCUCUUUGUUUCUAUUGAUAACUACACCGGUAUUAUACAAUAAUAACAAUGGUAGUGAUUGACAAUUAUUCGGUGCGAUUGGUCCAUGCGGAGACCAAGGAGCCCUUCAAAGAGCAUUCCGGACCAGAUGGCAAGGUAUAUACUGAAGUGGAACCCGAUGUGGAAUACUUUAUUCAGGUAGCAGUGGUGGGUACUAUGGAUGAAGUAUUCCUCUUUGAUUAUUUUGUGGACGGUCAAGAACUUUCCUACAAUACAGCCUGUGAAUUGGGAGAUGGAUAUCAGUAUUGCGGGAUUUUGUCAAUUGAAAAAGGUAUCAGUAAGAUGCAGGCACUCUGUUUUCGACGGCCUCCACGAAAUCUACUGAUCCAAAACCAAGACACAAAUGACGACACUACCCAUGCUUGGAUGGGAGAAAUCCAAGUGGACGUAUCGAAAGCGAUGGAGGGAGAGAUGCUGCCCAUCGAACAAGUACCUGCUGAUACAGUGGACGUGGAAGCCGUCGAUGCUGGCGGUAUAACGGAAAAUAAGGUUUUGAGGUCAGGACAAGGAUCGUACAGUCAUGUCCAAGAGGCUCCUUCUGAAGCACCCCACUACGGCACGGGAGAAUUCCUACAAACCAUUACCAUCCACUACUGUACGGCCGUGGGAUUGAUCCAUGUGGGCGUACUACCGAAACCGGAUCUAUGGACGUUUGCUCGAAUGAACAAACCUUACGACAAUAAACGAACCAAUGACAACACACUCCUAUACAAUAAUACUAUUCAACCCAAGCGCAUCAAAUCCGGGGGGCUGGUCGAUGGGGAUUCCGUACUGGAGGAACCCAAGGAAUACGAUUUGUUUGACUUGACGGAACUUCCAGAUGACGACGAUGAUGACAGCAACCAAGAAGCCGAUGGAAAUGUACCUUUCCCAGUUACUCCUCCGCAUUGAUAGUAAUGCCGUAAGAGUACGGUACAGUACCUGGUAGCAAUAUGCAUGUUCGAGUUGAGUUGAGCAGAUAUGACAUUUCCUCAAUCAUCAUCAUCAUC